GGCAUUCUGACCGUUCGCAUGCGGCCCCUUUCAAUUGUGGAUAAUGGCUGACCCUAUCUCCAUAACGUCCCUGAUUAUCGAUGUUGGCGAUCUCAUCCAUCGCCUCCUAACAUACGCCAAGAAAGUCCGUGAUGCGAGCUCCGACAUCCGCCGACUGACCGAGGAACUCUUCGGUCUCAAAGGAAUCCUGGAACACCUGAGCUCGCAGUUUGAGUUUUCCUCGCCGCCAGAGACAGAAAAGUUGGCUUCAGCUGCCCCUGAGGCGCUGAAAAGCACACUGGAGAAGGCAAACGAGUCGGUCCAACUCCUCCUUCAGGACCUAGAGGAGCCAGCAAGCAGGUUGAGGAGAUUGAAACAAAAGCUGGAGUGGCCGUUCACCCAGGAACAAUUUACUAGCCACCUCACUCGCCUAGAACGAGUGAAAUCUUGGCUGAUUCUCCUUCUCACAAGCGAUAGCCUUGCUAUUCAGCGAGAUCUCCACGGAAAGAUAACAAGGCUGGCAAGGUCCCUGGAGGUAGACCUUAAGAUACGAGAUGACGAGAAAACUCGCGCGGCGCAUAACGAACUGCUUCGAUGGUUAGCCGCGGUCAGCCCGUUCAGUAUCCACCAGCAAGUCUCGAGGGACCGAGUCGAUCAUACGGGAAAGUGGUUCAUUCAUACGUUCAAAGAUUGGAUUAUGAGUGAUGUCGUUGACCGGAAUAUUCUUUGUCUCUUGGGAAAGUCCGGAAUUGGCAAGACCACUCUCCUUGCCCACGCCGUCGACCAGCUGGCCGCAAUCAGUGCCAAGGACCCCAGCAUUGUCUUCGCCUACUUCUACUGCAGAUUCAGUGACGCCAACUUUCAAAAUCCGGUGAAUAUCCUAGGGUCGUUGGUGGCACAGAUCUCUGAAUCACGUUUACAGGCUCAGGUGUGGGAGGCUCUUAUGGAGGGUGCUGAUGGAUCAUUCCGCUGGACCCAGCUCUCUUUGGAGAAUCUCGCCUCCCUCAGAACCGCGAAAUCCAUUCGGGAGGCAUUGAGAACACUCCCAAAGACAUUAGCAGAGGUCUAUAUCCACAUGCUUGAGCGAAUCAGUCCUAAUGACAUGGAGCUUAGCCGCAAUACUCUGUUUUGGCUCAGUUUUUCGAAGCGACUGCUCACCCUGUCGGAGCUAAGCGAAGUAGUCGUGCUAGAGGAGGCAUGCACGGUGCUUGAUGAAGACACCAAGCUGAUCUCUCCCCGGAUCCUGCUCCAUAUCUGUCAGGGGCUGAUCACAGAGGAUGAGUUCGGAAGAGUGAAACUAUCCCAUUCCUCCGUCAAGGAGUUUCUGACCUCCGACCGGAUCCGCACCUCGAGCGUGCGGUACUUCGGUUUGGACCCGGCAACCGCCGAUCAAACCAUGACUCGCCUUUGCCUGACCUAUCUGUGUCUCGACGAUUUCCGCUCCGGGUACGCAUGGUCCUUCGAUGAAGUAGCCGCACGCGAGCACGAGCACCCCUUCCUAUCAUACGCAGGCGCGUUCUGGGCGACCCACGGCGGAGCCUGCGAUUUCGACGAGGAUGGCGACCGUCAGCUCGUCAACAAGCUUUUCGACUCGCGGGAUCUGCCCCGCCAAGGGAACUAUGGUGUCUGGGUGCAGACGCUUAUCCCCGAGGCCGAGAACCAGGUCAUUGAAACCACACAUCCGCUGUAUUACGCCGCGUCAUUCGGUCUAGUCCCGGUCGUCAAAGCGCUCCUGGCCUCUGUGCCUGGUCUGGACGUUGACGCGCCCGGUGGCCGCUAUGGAUCCACGCCUCUGUUUGUGGCCUGCUGGCGGGGACACUACGAGGCCGCGGGGCUUCUUCUCGAAGCCGGGGCAGACCCAUAUCUCCCGGACAGCGGCGCAGGCGUGACAAUCUUCUCGCUCCCGCACUCGGAUCAAUUUGCCCGGUUGUUGGCGACUGUGCUUAGUAGAGGGAAGCAGGGCACAGGGAGACAUUUGGCUGCUGCGCCUCACGCAGAUAUUGUAAGGGAGGGUGCAGGGGCCCCAGCUGCACGUGGAGGGCUUGCGAGCCACACAUUCCGGGGUUUGAACGGGACUGAAGAGGCAGCAGAUGCCCCGAACCGGGAUGACACCAACGAGUCCGCCGACUCUGCCGAGCAGCAACAGCUUGCGAUCAAUGCCCUGGUCGUAGCGCCAUCGACAAUUAACCCGACCGUGGAAGGGUUUGAACAGCAGAUCCGACAACUGUUCCCCCGGCUGGAGCCUCCAGCGUUGGUCCAUCGCUUUGCGCGCGAGCAGCUCCGCCGAUACGACAGACUUAUCGCGCUCCAGCGCGCCCAUUCGGCCGCCGUUCGCAACCGCUCCUGUCCUUCCGGUCCGUAUUGCUCUGCUAUCACUUCUGCGAGAGGAAUCGCCUCCAGAGCAAGCGGCGGCCCCAACUUUACCGCGCAGUUCGAGUGUCCCACCUGCUUUCGGGUCAAACAGUUUCAGAAAGCUGUAGACUGGCCGAAGCACGUCGCUGACGAUCUGCAACCGUUCACAUGCACAUUUCCCGACUGCGCGAACUCACCGUUGUUCAAACGCAAAGCGGACUGGGUGCGUCAUGAGACCCAAAGGCACUGGCAGUCGGAGAAGUGGCUCUGCUCCUACGAUGAUUGCGGCUACCAGUGUUUUCGCCAGGACAAUUUCGUGCAGCAUCUCUUCCGGGAGCACAAGAUGGCCGAGCCGAGUGUCGAGAAGAGCAAGGCCACGACGGCCACGCAAAGGGAUCCUGAUUCACAAUGGGAUAUGAAUGUUCCGAAUCUGUGGGAAUUGGUCGAGGAGUGCCACCAUCAGAGUGACACAUUUUCGCAGCAGGGGUUCUGUCGAUUCUGCGGAAAGAAUUUUGAAAAGUUGAAAAGCCUUAUGGUGCAUGUGAGCAGACAUAUGGAGCAGUUGGCUCUGCCGGUUCUGGGGUUGGCGAAGCAGUACGCUGGUGGUGUCGACAGGGUAGCCUCUCUUCACCCGACAGACACUCAUCAUGGACGUAGCUGCGAUUGAUUAAUUCUCUACAUCUUCUUGAUGCGAUCGAAAACCCAGAUCUCCUUGCGCAGUCGCAUAGCUCUAUGUCACUGUGUCUGGCGUUGAGGUGUAAAUUUAGGGCUUUUUCUUCAGGUCUAGUCUCGAAAACUCUAUAGGAUAUGCGGAUAGAUUCCGCCUUCCCAAACGGGACUUCAACCCUAAGAACUACCAUAUUGAGACGAAC